CAAAAGUAUUUUUUGGGCCGGGAUAGGAAACGAAUUAUAGUUAUAAAUACCAAUUACCAGCGCUGUAUUAUAUGAUAAUUUCUUAAAACCACGUCAGUAUUAUGGUGCAACUAUGAAACUAUCGCUUCAUGAUAUCCAAGAUUUGUAAAAUGGAAAUUCCGUAUAAAAAGAUUUUUAUUUACGCGCUUACAUUUGCUGCGUAUGCUUAUACGGGAAUAGGAUCGAGUAUUUUGAAAAAUUUGAAGGAUGCAGUAUUAUCAGCUGAAACAGUAUUUGGGGACGUGUUUAAAAACGUUAUAACAGUUGCUGAGAAAUUCAGAUCACUUCAUGAUGUUUUUGAUGCGGCCAUAGAAGAAGAAUGCAUGUAUUCUUGUCCUGAAGGUCAGAAACCCGUUCGUAACCGAAACCACAUACCAAAAUCUGAUGGAUGUGGCUCCCUUGGGUUCGAACUAUCUUCAGAAUACCUGCCCAUUGAGCAGAUGACGAAAUGUUGCGAUGCCCAUGAUAUUUGUUAUGAUACAUGUAAUAGCGGGAAGGAAGUGUGUGAUCUAGAAUUUAAAAGAUGCCUUUACAAUUACUGUGAUACAUAUAAAAGUGUAAAAGUAGGUGGAGAAACAAUUACUAAAGGUUGCAAAGGGGCAGCUAAACUCCUGUUUACAGGAACAUUGACUCUUGGUUGUAAAUCUUAUUUGGAUGCUCAGAAGAAUGCCUGCUACUGUCCACCAGUCAAGAACAAAUACAAAAAGUUUGCAGCCGGAGAUGAGUUGUAGAUUGCUUUGUAUUAGAUGUUGCCACAAGUUUCAAGUGAAUUUGAUUUAAUUUAUAAUAUGCACCAGUCAACAAUUUUAAGGAGGUGACAGACAUGCGAGUAAGUACACAGACUUAUGGCUCGACAAUCUUAAUCGCCUGUGUGUUAGCAAAGAGCAGCGAGCCGCAAGCCUGGGGGUAUGGUAAAUUGGUAAUCCAGUGUGUGCGAUUCUCGUGUGUCACAGACGCGAGCUGAGUAAGAUCACGAACUUAAAACCCGUGUACUUUAAGUUUGUACGUCUGUCAGGCACUUUAUAUUAAAUACAAAAGUUCCAAGCUUAAAACUGUAACCAAAGACAUGAAAUUACAAUUUGUAUUUUCAAAUGAAGUAGCUUUAUAUAAUAUAGCUAAUAGAUCUAUCUAUGAAGUAGCUUUGAUAGAUUUAUAAAUUGUUAGAACUCUUGUAUUUUAUUUAUCACUUAUCUUGCCCAAAAUUGAUUAAUUGAAGAUAACUUAUAAAUUGAAUUCAAUGGAAUGUUUAUUAGGAAUUAGAAGUGAAGUAUUUAGUUGUGAUAUAGCAAUAAAGUUUUUACAAGUUUAA